AUGAUCAAUCAGCAAACUGUGGGAAGGUUCUCUCGAAAAGAAUUGGACAUACGAUACGUUGCCCUCAAAAGAUUCAGGCGGAUUCGGGCACCAGCCACCCCAAAAUCAAACAUUCCACAACGUGAUAUAUUCCAGCCAGUCCACCAAAGACCUUUCGGACAACCACCAUCCAGAGCCAAUCAACUCACUCUCUGCUGGUAUCUCCCGUACGGAAGGGACCAACAAACUUGCCCCAAGCAAUCCACUACAUGUAUUAGAAAGAGAGUGUGCUUGCCACACAGAACACUAUCAAGUCAAGAGCGAUUUGAGCAGGUCUUUAGAAGUGCUUCCAACUAG